AUGGAAAGGAAUAGGAUUGUGAGGCUAGGAACGGGUGGCUUCAUGCCACUUCGAAGAAUCCAGUUCAAUGAGAGAACACACCGCAAUCCGGAAAGAAUCACAAAUGCAAUCGUGAGAGGAGCACCACGUGGAUUUCGGCACAUUAGUUUUGAAGCGGACUUUCCACAUUUGGAUGCGAUUCGACAGGGACUCAUAAUAGCGGCCAGACACGGAUAUCCUCGUCGGUACUUCUUCCUUCGGAUGACUGUGACAUUUCACAAACUCCAUGAGAACGAAGAAGAUAAUCGAACGGAAUUCGUCCUGAAAUUCGAAAAUGCUCUCCGUAUUCUAAGAGUAAGACAAGUAAACUUGCUGAUUUCCCGUGUCCCAAUGCGUCUUCCUGAAACUAACCUCAGUUGUCGAUUCGACAGAAAUCAUGAACUUCUGGCAAGACUUAUCUGGCCUUUAAUGUGUCAUUAUUGUUACCAACGGAGUGCUCAUGCAAUUGGACUAUCGAACUGGAGUGUACUAGGACUGUUUCACAUCAUGAGCUUGCGAAUGAUUGUUCCACACGCCUACAUUCAAGAAAGAUUCUCGAGAAGAGUUUUCCUAGCGUGCUUAGAGCUCAAUAUUGCGUAUAUCAAAAGAUCUGACUUCUCUUCUCGCUGA